CUCCUAAAGUUCCUUUCUUACUUAGAUGGGCUUAAUUUUACUUCUAAGCACUCAGUCCAUGUCUGUCACAUCUGAGCACUCUAAAAUGCACAGCUGAAACAACUUGGCAAAAACACAAGUUUGGGCCCAUGCUUGGUUAAUUUUCAACAAUGUAGAUUUAAUGUCAAAGUUCAAGCGUGCCGUAUCAGUGAUGUCUUCCAGAAACCUUUUCAAAACUACUCAGAAACAGACAUCAGUAUCAAUUAAAAAAGGUGACAUGAAGGAGCCUGAGAAGCCACGUGCAGAGGACAAAAUCUGCUGCAUUUCCAAGCUGAAGGUAUUUCUGCUGGCACUGUCACUUGCAUUCCUUGGGAAAACGAUGUCUGGUGCUUACAUGAACAGCAUGUACACACAGAUAGAGAAACAAUUCAAUAUCCCAGCUUCUCUAGUGGGCAUCAUUAAUGGAAGCUUUGAAAUUGGAAACUUGCUGCUGAUAGCAUUCGUGAGUUACUUUGGAGCAAAGCUUCACAGACCCAGAAUAAUUGCCUUGGGCUGCACAAUUCUGUCCUUUGGAUGUCUUUUGAUAUCACUUCCUCAUUUUCUGUUUGGAAGCUAUCAUAUUGAAAGCAGCAUUUCACAACAAGAAAAUUUUUCAGUGGUGCCUCUAUGCCUUGUUAAUCAAAACUUGUCCUCUUUGCCUACAGAGGAACCAUCAGCAGAAUGUGAAAAAGAGCCUGGGUCCUUGCUGUGGAUAUUUGUGAUGGUUGGAAACAUAGUGCGAGGAAUGGGUGAAACUCCCAUCAUGCCUUUAGGCAUUUCCUACUUGGAGGAUUUUGCCAAAGCAGAGAAUUCACCUUUCUACCUGGCAUGUCUACAUACAUCAACUGUAAUCGGCCCCUUCCUUGGUUUAUUGUUGGCUUCAUUCUGUGCAGAGCUGUUUGUUGACAUUGGAUCAGUAAGUGCAGAUGAGAUAACUAUAACAGCUACUGAUGCCCGCUGGGUUGGAGCAUGGUGGCUGGGCAUUUUGAUUUGUGCACUGCUAAACCUUCUUGUGGGAAUACCAUUUUGGUUUUUGCCCAAGUCACUUGUGAAGGAAGGUGAAAUCAAUGAACCUGAAGAGGCAAGUGAAAAAAGUGUAGCGCCAUUGCAAGAAAAUGAUAAAAUUGAAACCAAACAGACCAUGUAUGAAAUUGCUAAAGAUUUCAUCCCCUUCCUCAAGGCUCUGUUUCACAACCCUGUGUACAUGUUAUUUAUAUGCAUAACUGUGUUACAGUUCAGUGCCUUUGAUGGCAUGAUAUCCUUCAUGCCCAAAUAUCUGGAACAGCAGUUUGGAAAAUCUGCAUCAGAUGCCAUCUUUUUAAUUGGUGUUUACAACUUACCAGUUCUAUGCGUUGGGUAUUUUUCUGGCGGCUUAUUCAUGAAGAAAUUCAAGAUAAAUAACUAUCAGGCUGCGAACAUAGCAUUUUGGGUAUCUUUACUGGAAUACCUUCUCUACUUUGCUGCCUAUUGGACUGUCUGUGAUACCUCACCAGUUGCUGGUCUAACAGUUUCCUAUCAAGGAAUAGAGCAAGUUUCAUAUGCAGAAAAUACUCUACAGGCUGUCUGCAACAUGGAUUGUGAUUGCCCACUUAAAAUAUGGGACCCUGUUUGUGGGAGCAAUGGAAUCACUUAUGUGUCACCUUGUCUUGCUGGGUGUAAAUCCUCAAGAGGAACUGGAAGAAGUGUGGUUUUUGAAAACUGCACCUGUGUUGCAGCCUCAGGAUUUUCAUUGCAAAACAUCUCUGCAACUCUUGGCCAGUGUGAUGGACAUGAAAACUGUGACAAGAUGCUCCAUUAUUUCUUAAUAUUGUCAUUAGUCUGCAGCUUCAUUUUUUCCUUAGCAGCCAUGCCUGGAUACAUGGUCUUGAUAAGGUCUCUAAAGCCUGAAGAGAAGUCGUUUGGAGUGGGUAUCCAUGGGCUGGCUUCAAGAGUGUUUGCUGGAAUUCCAUCUCCCAUUUAUUUUGGAGCUUUGAUAGAUACCACUUGCUUGAAGUGGGGUACUAUGACUUGUGGUGGAGAAGGAGCAUGUAGGAUGUAUGAUAUUGUCACCUACAGGUGGCUCUAUCUUGGCCUGCCAGCAGUGUUACGUGGAGUGUCCUACAUUCCAAGCACACUAGUUCUCCUCAUUUUAAAGAAGAAACUGAAAUCUGAAAAGCCAGUCUUAAUAAAUGCCCCAAUAGAAAUGCAGGAUCAAGAACAAGAAGCAGUGAAAUAGCAUUUCGCAGAAGGACGUGUUGGGAAAAAAACAUUGCUGGGUAAAUAUUGGAUAUAUCCUUGUGAAAAAAGUUGUACUUUAACUAAUGAACGCUUGGACAGAGAUGAAUAGAAUUACACAUAGUUGUAUCCUACUUACAUUAUACAAGUAUCAGUUUGUAAACACGAGGCAUGAGAAAAAUGUUUGGUGCAAAAGAACAAGGGCUAGAAAUAAGAAAACUUAUGAAAUGCCAGGUUUGAGUUGUCUGAGCAAAGGGCGGUGAAGAAGAAACGUGUGUUUAGUCCUGUUUCACGGAAAAUAGAGAGAAUUUUGCAUUUGACCCCGAGCGAUGCCAGAUUUCAUCUUGGAAUUCUCACGUGGUUUCUGUCAGUCUCUCUCAUUGACUGUAGUCAGCAUUUGCAACUUCUUCAGGCCCCAGUUUUCCAUAAAUUUAUUUAAUGAUAUUAUUAGUCCUUUCUGGCAGGGAUUGUUUGUUAUUCUGCAUUGCAUAGGUGGCCAAUAUAUUGGAAACCUGGUUUAUGACAUGGUCUGGGUGUUGUGGUUAUGAUAACAAAUUAAAAAAUUACAUUUUUAAAAA